CCCGGAUAACCCGCAACUUCAGGGAGUGCGCAUGCGCAGUGCGGUCUACGGGCCGGGUGUGUCGGUCCAGCCGUGUUUCCGCCGCCUGACGUUCCUGGUUUCCGGUAAAGAUGUCGGACGCCACAGUGGCGGAUACUCGCCGGCUAAAUUCUAAGCCGCAAGACCUUACCGACGCCUACGGACCGCCUAGUAACUUCCUAGAGAUUGAUAUAUUUAACCCACAAACAGUGGGUGUGGGACGGAACCGGUACACUGUGUACGAGGUCCGGAUGAGGACAAACUUGCCGAUCUUCAAAAUGAAGGAUUCUUGCGUUAGGAGGAGAUAUAGUGAUUUUGAAUGGUUAAAGAAUGAGUUGGAAAGAGACAGCAAGAUCGUAGUACCUCCCCUACCAGGGAAAGCUCUAAAGAGACAGCUCCCUUUCAGAGGAGACGAGGGCAUUUUCGAAGAGUCCUUCAUUGAGGAGAGAAGGCAGGGCCUGGAACAGUUUAUUAACAAGAUCGCCGGACACCCCCUUGCACAGAAUGAGCGCUGCCUUCACAUGUUCUUGCAGGACGAAACCAUUGAUAGAAAUUAUGUGCCAGGCAAAGUGCGCCAGUGAGAAUUCUAGUAACCCCCAAGUCCUUCUUGCCCUUCACAAACCCAUUGCCUGCUAAAUUACAUUUAUUUUUACACAAAGUCUUCACUUUUACUUCAUAUCUCAUUUCUUAAAACCUCCCCCCUCUCCCCAGUGUCCUGAAAGAGGCCGCUCUGUGUUCCUUGUCUGUCUGUGCUGCUCUCCCUCUCAGGAUGGAUGCCUGUUGAGGGUGGAGAUGGGAACAUUAAAUAAGCACGGUCGCUGCUCAAACCCACCCCAAAACCCCCAACAUGGUGGCCGUGGAUGGUUGGUCUAACCCAAGUUUGAGACUUUUGGUGAAAGUAAUACUGACGUACAGAACAUAGAUGAUGCUCCUUUUCCUAGCACCAUAACUGGAACUUUAUGUUCAAGUAUACAUUUAUUUUCUUUGUGGCUAAUUAACAGGUCUUCAAGAGGAGAAUACACACUUCCUAAAUUAUGACCUGUGGCCCCUACUAUUACAUUCAAGCUAUAACUUGCGGUGCAUCAGGCUUGGGUGUGACUAAGCAAGUAAUCUACUCCCAACAAAGUAUUUAUUUUAUUUUAAAGAGCAAAAACCUCAUUUGUUGUAAAAGCUCCAAGAUAGGCAAAAUAUGUAUUCUCAGAUUUGGUAACCAUUGUAGUUCCACAAAGAUCUAGCCAGCAGAAGCUUAAAUCUGGGUCAGAGUUCUUAAUUUUAAAGUACCGAAUAUUGAGUGCCAAGCUAAAAAUGCCUCGUUGCUGUAGGGGACCAUAACAGAGAUGUCAAAAUGAAACCGCUAAGUGAUAACGUUGUGCCUCUCUGAAGAUGCUGCUUUGGAUUGUGACUAUAGAAGAGGAGGCAUGCAUAUGUGAAAUUGUUUGAGCUUCAGUGACAUUGUUUUUCUUCCUAUGGAAAUGUAGAAGAUCGUGUUCAACGCCUGGAUUUGACAAUGGCCCCAUGGGAUUCUGAGGGGGGGCAUAUUUUAUGGGGGGGGGUGAGUACUGAAACUCUUAAGUAGGCUGGGGUCACUGUUAAUAAGUUCUCGAUAGCAUUCUAAACAUGACUGUAGUGAGUUAGUUCUAGAUAGGGUAGGAGGAUCGCAUUUUUCUGUGGUCAGCUUGGGAUGCGCAAACGGAUACAGCAGAUCCCUGUGUGGUUUCACGAAUGUCAAUUGACGGCGCACUGUGGCCUCAUGUACAGUUAUAUCACUCAAUUUUGGGCCCGGGGUUCUGAGUGUCUUUGCUGCCUGUGUCCUUGUGCUGGAGACCAUGUCUGUGUAUAUAAAUAUCUACAUCU